GCACUUUCUGUAAAACACCUUUAGCUUGAAGAGUAUGUGAAACUAAUUCACGUAAUUCUUUAUGUUCUUCUACAGGCAUAGUGUUUACUUAAAACAAGGGAUGUGGAGGUUGCAAACUAUAAUUUAAAAGUUAAAUUGUAAUUGAGUUAUUGAUAAAGGAAUGACGUUUGACUGAAAGUUGAAAGUUUAUAUUUUAAGUUUUGCACACUAACAAGAUGACAUCUUUUAAAAUUUUCUAAAUCAAUGUUUUAGCGGUUAAAGGAAAAUCUAUUGACGUAGAGGGGUAAGGGGGAGGUGCAGUUUACUUCCCAUCAUGCACUCUCCUUCAGUUCCGCCAUAUUUGUUGUUGUGUGAGUGUGUGUUUUGUCUGUUGCUGUUGAAGUAGGUCGAUUUUUGACAGGAAAAAACUUCUUAUUUGAAAUGUGUGAUCUCAUCCGUAUUAAUGACGUGCAAUGUAUCUUUUCAGCUUCGAACUAAAACUAUUAUCUAGUUCCUCUUCAAACUUGUUGGAAUGUCACAAGUGGCUUCUGAUAUGCUUGAAAUAUGGAAUGAUGAGCAAGACAGAUUCUCAUUUGAAGAUUCAGAUAGAUUUGAAGAAGAUUCCUUAUGUAGUUGGAGUACAGAGCCAGAAUCUAUAUGUAAUAAUUGGAGAGGAUGGAAAAGGCCUAUUGGCUCUAACUCAUUCUACUCCAAUGGAAAGAAAUCAACUCCAGAUCCUGGCUCACAACCCAGAGUUCCGCAGCUAUGCGAACUGGCAGCUCGAUGCGUUGCGUCACAUAUACCGUUUGAGCUUGUCGAACAUGUUUAUCCACCUGUUCCUGAGCAACUUCAACUUCGAAUAGCAUUCUGGAGUUUUCCAGACAAUGAGGAAGAUAUCCGUCUUUAUUCCUGUCUUGCCAAUUCCAGUGCAGAUGAAUUUCAACGGGGCGAGCAUUUGUUCAAAUCCAGAGCUGUCAAAGAUCCACUCCAGAUAGGAUUCCACUUAAGCGCUACAGUUCUCCUACCGGCUUCUUAUACUCAACGGGGACAGUAUAAUGUUGCUGUUGCAUUCGACAGGCGAAGAAUAAUUUCAUGCAAUUGCACUUGUGAUUCGAGUGCUUAUUGGUGUUCACACAUUGUUGCCGUUUGUCUUCACAGGAUACAUCUGCCCACACAAGUUUGUUUACGAGCACCGGUUAGUGAAUCACUUUCAAGGCUCCAUCGGGAUCAACUUCAAAAAUUUGCACAGUAUCUUAUAAGCGAACUUCCACAACAAAUUUUGCCAACAGCACAAAGAAUUCUGGAUGAGCUUCUAUCCUCACAGCCAUCAGCAAUCAAUUCCGUUUGUGGUGCUCCAGACCCAACUGCUGGGGCUUCAGUAAACGAACAGACAUCUUGGUAUUUGGAUGAGAAAACACUCCAUGACAACAUAAAAAAAAUCCUUAUAAAAUUUUGUGUUCCUGCUCCUAUAGUUUUCAGUGAUGUUAACUACCUCAGUACAACAGCUCCACCUGCAGCAGCCGAAUGGACGAGCCUUCUCCGGCCUCUCAGGGGGAGAGAGCCCGAGGGAAUGUGGAAUUUACUUUCCAUCGUCAGGGAAAUGUACAAGAGGAGCGACAGGAAUGCUUUGCCACUGCUGCAGAUCAUUACUGAAGAAUGUAUGGCUUGUGAACAGAUCAUGGUUUGGUGGUUCAAUACCAAGGUAGCUCUUCAUGUCGGUGUGAGCAGCGGUGGAAAGCACAGCAAUGUGAACAGCAAUUCUCAUGGAACACAGCAUGCAUGUGCUUCCCUCUGUGACGAAGUUGUCAUACUGUGGAGAUUAGCUGCUCUAAAUCCAGCUCUAUCGCCACAAGAAAGAUCGCUAUUUAGUAAUCAGUUUAAUGAAUGGCAUCUAAAGAUUGUUGAUAAGGUAGAGAAAAGUCGCCCUCUCCAUGCAAAUACUGCCUACCAAACGGAACGGAUCACUAAGAAUUUGGCAUCUAGUAUUGAAGUGUUCAGUGGUUUCAAACCUGCCAUUUCUGCAUGUCAACUGGACUGGGAAGACUACCAGAUCCCCGGUGUCACUUAUCAAGGUGGUGCGUCAUGGCUGUCCCAACCCAUCACAUGUUUCAAGAAUGCGGACCCGAAAGCCGAUACUCCAGUUAAUCCUAUAAGCUCAUCGCAAGCAGUUCUUAAUCAGCGAGGCCUCCAUCAUAACUAUUGCAAUUAUUACGCCAGGCAAAGAAGGAAUAUGGAAAAACAACAGCUGUUGGACGAUCUAGAGAUGGAUCUGAACCUUCCCAUGUACCAUUUGAGUGUCUCGGGGUCUCAAAUAGGACUAUCAAUGGGAAUCAGCAGUUCUAUUUCUGGUAAUCGAUCAUCAGUCUCGAGCGAGGGUUUUUGCGAAAACGAUCAGGACCAAAACAAUCAGGAGGAAGAUAUUCAUGAGAGAGCUAAUCAUCCCCUUGAUCCAUUGGAUUUAGAGGUUCUCACAGGAAGUGAAUCGUCUUCUUCAUCGUGUUCUGAAAGAAGGGACAACCUUCACCCGCCUGCCUCUGAAUCACCGAGCGGAGACGAAUCAGAAGUAAGCAAGCAAGAACCGCCGCAACCCGAUCCUAGAAGACUUUCUAAAGACGAUUCUCUUUCAUCAAACAGCGAUUCUCAACAGUCAAGCGAUGAAUACUUUGUUUAUUAUUAUGAUCCCAAGUCUCUGGAAAAAACACCUCCAGGUAAAGGAAUUGAUAAAAAAGAAGAUGAAAGGCAGAAACUAAUAUUAAAUGGUGUAAGUGGGCCUAAAGAUCCUUGGGAUGUGUUGUUCGCACGCGCUGAAGGAUUACACGCUCACGGGCAUAAUAAAGAAGCAUGCAUUCUUGGCGUUAGAUUGGCUGAAGAUCUGCUCGACAAUCCUCCAAAUCUAAUGGUUGACUUGCCCCCAAUUCAAACUAAGGGAAAAAGGAAAAAAAUUAAUCCGGCUUCCCAUCAGUUGAGUAUCUUGGCUUCCGAUACACUUGCAAAAUGUGCAUUCUUAUGUACAGUCCUCGCUGAAAAUCCUGAGCACUAUCAUCUUGCAUUUAGGGUCGGUCUAUUCGGGCUCGAAAUGCCAAGACCUCCUGCCACAACGAAACCUCUCGAGGUAAAGCUAUUCCAUCAAGAAUCAGAACUUGUUACUUUGCUAAAAAGGAUCCCUCUAGGCGAAUACGAGUUGAAUAUGAUUCGAGAAAGAGCAGAAUUGCUAAGAGAUGGGAUUUUACGCUCACGAGGAGAAGCUCUUCUGCCUAUCACACUCGCUAGUUUUAUACUGGAUGCCCUCACCAUGCCAGGUUUCCUAUCAUAUAUUUCUUUUAAUAUUUCUUAUUUAUGUAUGUGAAUGUUUACAUUUUAAGAGCAGUUUUGUUCUUAUUUAAUAUACAGUGCUAACUUGAUUUUGUUUUGAAGUAGGAAGAGAAUCGAGAUGUCAAUUAAUAUCACAGCAGCUUCGGCUUCCAUCAGAUGAAAUACUAGGUUUUGAAGCUUCGACUGCUGCUCUUGGGCUUAAAGCAAAUGUGUCAGAAGCAGACCAUCCUUUAUUGUGUGAAGGAACAAGAAGGCAAAGAGGUGAUCUUGCCGUGACACUGCUGGUACACUACAAAGAUCAGCCUGUGAAAAUAGCUCACAUAAUGGAAAAGCUCCUGGAUCGCGAUGUUCAUCAACUCACCAAAACACCUUUAUCCAGCAUUUACUACACUACUCAUCCUCCGGUGAAGAGCAUGAUGUCGGCAAUGAAUGACUGGAAUAGUGAAGUUGAGCAUCCGCCGUUGGAAACACCACCUCUUCCGGUUGAUCCUAAUAUAGGAAUUUCUAUGAGAUCGACUCCUUGCUCGAGUAGUGCAGAGUUAGAAGCUUGUCUUCCGACGAAACCUUUAAAUAUUCCACCUCCAGCUACCUCUUCCAUACAGACCUCGACUAGAGUCAAGGAAUCAAGAGGUUGUUCCAGAUUCAAAGGGAAACGAGCUUACCCAUCGAUACCUAAUCAGCCUUCCGAAGCAGGUGCUCACUUCAUGUUCGAAUUGGCCAAAACUGUUUUGAUAAAAGCAGGAGGCAACAGUUCUACCUCUCUAUUCACUCAGGCGCUCACAAGUCAGAACCAUCAUGGACCGCAGAGAGCUUUGCACAUGUGCGCAUUUCAACUCGGACUCUAUGCUCUCGGUUUACACAACUGUGUUUCACCAAACUGGUUGAGUCGCACGUACUCAUCUCAUGUAUCUUGGAUUACUGGUCAAGCAAUGGAAAUCGGUGCACCUGCUAUAUCAUUUCUCCAGGACACGUGGGAAGGUCAUCUGACUCCGCCAGAAGCGGCGAGUAUUGCCGACCGUGCCUCUCGUGGGUGCGACCGAAAUAUGACCCGUGCUGCAGCAGAACUAGCCCUGUCGUGCCUACCUCAUGCACACGCUCUCAAUCCAAAUGAGAUUCAGAGAGCUAUUUUGCAGUGCAAAGAGCAAUCCGAUCGAAUGCUUGAACACUCUUGCCUUACAGUCGAAGGCGCAGCCAAAGGGGGAGGUGUUUAUCCAGAUGUUCUUUUUCAAGUUGCCAAAUAUUGGUUUGAACUCUAUAUGAGGAAUUCUCAAGGCGAUCCAGAAUUGGUGGACGAGGGAUUGAACCCAGCCAGCGAGCAGCACGCAGCCAUGCCAGAGCAGCAUGUGAGUACUGCAAUGGUGACGUGGGUCGAACCACAGCCUCCACCAACUCCUCCGCCUCCUCCUCCACCGCAAUACGUUUCUCCAAUCGCGUUGCCUUAUCCAUUGAUCACAAUCGCUCCGCCUCCAGGUCACUACCAACUUAGGCAUCCGCAACAAAUAGCUUUGCAGACAUUCCAUCUUCCUGGACCUCCAUUCCAGUAUUAUCAAGCCAGUCAUCCAACUCAUGUGUUUUCUGCUACACCUAUCCAGGUUGGCCCGGGACAGGCACAGAUAGCAAAUAUAGCGCAGGCGCCAGCUCAGCCUGUCUCCCAACCUCCACCGCAGGUCGUAACAGUUGCAGCUCCUGUCCGACCCCAACAGCAGGUACAACGCACACAUCAACAGUACACACCAGCGCAGGUUCGCUAUUUACUUGCUGCUUACAGAGUCGGAAUGUUGGCUAUGGAAACUAUAGCUCGUAGAGUUCAUGACGACAGGCCAAAUGCAAAGUAUGCCAGGCAUCCUCCUUAUGGUGAUGAUGUAAAAUGGCUUCUACGUAUUGCAGAGAAAUUAGGAACUCAAUAUCUUCAACAGUUCUGCGUCUGUGCAGUUAACAGCAUCGUGUCUCCAUUUAUAUUACAUGAUGUUGCGAUUGAAGCCGCCCAUUAUUUAGCUAGAAAUAAUCCCACCUUAGUAAUGCAGCAUCUUAGGAGUUCAUUGACACCUUUAGUUCAAAAAUGUCAACAAAUGUACAUACAGUGUUUACAUCAAAAGCUGUAUCAUCUUUCCAGUGCUGAGUACGAUGAAUUUUUAAAUCUUGUUCUCUCAGCCAGAGCUGCCUUCCAAAUCACUCCUGAGGGAAGUCAGCAAUUUAAAGAAUGGUUACAAUCUAUCCGCAGAUCCAAAUCCUGCAAAAAGGAAUUAUGGGCCCAAAUUAGCGUUCUAUUGCAGCCUUCGACUGGGAAGUGACAGAGACUGGAAGAGGCGACUUGCCUCUAGGGUUCUCCGUAGCAGUCUCUACAUGUUCCACUCUUUUAUCUCUUCACUAUCAAUCAUCAUUAGAACAUAAACAUACCUUACGAUGGAGAAUAUUGUUAGCACUCUAAUAAUAAUAAUUAUUGAAUUUCUUUAAGUGUGCUACUUUCAAUUGAUAUAUUUCUUGUAAUUUUAGCUGUUUCGUUUCGGCACUAUUGUGUUAUUUAAUUAUAAAUUUUCUGUUACAUAGUUGGCAAUUUGUUUAUUGUGUGUUAGAAGAGCAAUUUUGAUGUAAUUUACUUCCUCGAAAAACCUUUCAUUAGCUAUGUGUAAAAUUUUCUAUUUUUUAAAAAGUUGAUUUAUGCUUAUACACUGUUUUUCCCCUAAAAUAAAAAUACAAAUCAUAAUGUUUUUCUGUUAUUAUUAUUAUUAUUACGAAAAAAAAUUAUAUUUUUAAUUGAUUUUAUUUUAUACUCAGGUAUUUUUAUUUUAUUUUUUAAAACAUAAUUUCGAGCAUUUACUUGCAUGUUUGACGAUUUCAGCAGUCGUGUGGUUCUAUAUGUCUAUGGAGACCGUUCCUCUUGCUCAAACCUAUAUAUUUUGAUUCAUUGCUCAAGUUCUAGGAAAAAAAAAUUUGGUCCUCAGUGGAUCUGUUAUAAUAUGUCUAUUCCAAUUUUUUGAUAAUUUGCUGUUUUUUAUAUACUUACAUUCUAUAAGUGUUAAUGCUGUUGACAUUUGAUGCUCUUGAAAAAUGCUCUUCACUUCUAUCUUUAAAAAAUACUGUAUUCUUUUUAAAAUUUUCAUUAGAGUGCUUAAUCAUCAGCACAGCUACCCUUAAUUUUUUUUUUUAAGUUAAAAUGAGAAAAAUUGUCGCUCUUAUUCUUUUUGUCGGAUCAGUUAUAAUCAUAAAAAGUAUUUGAUAUAGUUCUUUAAUUAUAUUUAUCCCUUAUGUUUUAAAACUUAUUAUUUUAAUUCAUUUUCUUUUUUAUAUUUUAAUUUAGUUAAUUGAGAGGUAAAAGAUCUGAUGUAAAUAUCUCUAAUAUUUUAGUAAUUAUAAAUUAGGUUAUGUUCGGUUAGUUAGCUUAGUAGACAAAUCACGAACUUAUUUAAAAACAAUAUGAAGAUUGAUAUAAGAUAUUUUUUUUAAUUUAAUUAUAUCAGUGUGUCAUAUUUUGAUAUUAAUUUUUGAUAUGAGUUGACAAUUAGGUUAAAUUAUUAAACAUGUAUCGAAAACAACUUUCAUCACAAGCACAAUUUGUGUAUUUUUUAGUUUUAUUUUAAGUUAGUUUCAAAGAAGGCAUAAUUAUUGACAACAACUGAAAGAUAAGACUUUCACUAGAUAAUAGUUUAUGAUUGUAUUUAAUUUAUAUAUUGAUUUAAUACUUAUUUAUUGUUUUAUAUGGAACUUUUUAAAGUGUUAUAUUUAUAGUAAUUUAUUUACUGUCAUUUAAUAUUAUGAACAAUUGAAUUUCUGGUAAUGAUUUUAGAAUUGUUAAUGUUUUUUUUUUUUAAUUAAUUUUUAUCACUAUCCAACUGUGGGCAUCUAUGCACUCCUUUUUCAUUUUUUAAUUUAUACUCAAUAAAUCUUUUAAUUUUAUUUAACAAAUAAUGUGGUUCAUUACUAAGAAUUUAAAUUAUGUAAUAUGUAUAUAUAUAAUACGUAGUAUGUAGAAUAAAUGUGUUCUACUAUAAGCCGCAAUUAUAGUAAAUAUAAAAACCUUUUCAAAUAUUUGAAAAGUAAGUGAAGUUCAUUCGAUUUCGUACAUAGGUAUAAAUAUGGAAAAUAGAUUAGAGUGCUCGUUAGUUAAAUGCGGCAGUUAGAUAUAUAUCUCAAAUGUUAUUACAUUAGCUUGUAAAUGUUAUAUUUAAUUUUAUUAUAUCUUUUUUUUAUUCUAGAAAUAUUUGUAUUAAUGAGCUAAUUUAAUAUCAAGGAGGGAUAUAUAUAGCAAUUUUAGUAACAUAUUUAUUUUAAUACCUUACGACUAGACCUAUGAAUAGAUGAUAUAUUUGACAUUAUAUUUGUAAAUCUCAAAAAAAAAAUAUAUAUGAAAAACCAAAAAAAAAUAAAAAUUAUUCGAUAGGUUUAUAGUUUGAAUGUUCUUUAUUUAAUUUUUUUUUAAGUAUUUUUUAUGUAUUUAAAAAAAAUAAAAAUUAAAAAAAUAGAUAUCAUCUUUCAUGCUUAUCAGAUUUAGGGGGUAGACAAUGGGUAAUUUUGGAAAGUUAAAAUUUUAUUUAGAGAUUUUACAGUUUCGAAAAUUUUAGGUAUGGUUAAAAAAAUUUAAAGUCUUAUUGGGUUCUUUAUUUUUAUUUCGUUUUUUUUUUCUUUUCUUUUAAUCUCAAAUAAAAUAUUAACUUACCAAUAUUUUCUAAAACUUUACUAUUUUGAAACAGGUCCGUCAGUACAAUCGAUUAUUAUAUUUUCAAAUAUUUAUGAGAAAAAAAUUUGUUUAUUUUAGGUAAGCAUAUCUUUUGUACACAUCUGUCAUAUAUAGAUUGUACAUAACUAAUCUUCCAGAGGUUAUUUAAAAAAAAAAAAAAGAAAAAAGAUGUAAGUGCUCUUAAUAUAGUAUUAAACUGAACUCCUCCCCCGAUCCCUAUCUCAAUUUAAUUAGUUCUGUGUGGUGUUAAUUUUGGUAGGAAACAUUUUCUAUACUUUUAUAAUCGAGUUUUCCCUACUUAACAAUCUAACCUAAGUGCCCACCUUUCCACGACAUUUUAGAGUUUUAAAAAAUUAAUAUCAGAAUAAAAAAUUCAAUGACAGUUCAAGAGCUCUCUUAUCUCUUUUUCAAAAAGGGGAAAACUCACAAAAAAAAGACACUGUUAAUGAAUUUUCACAUUAUGUAUGAUUUUCUAAUUGUAAGUGUUAUUUAUACAAUAUGAAUUAAUUAUCAUAUAUAUGUUGAUGACUAUAUCCCUUAGUAUAGCGAUCAAGGAGGUGUUCCUAACAUCGCUAUGGCUCCUUUUCCAGCCAUUAUUGUUUGAUCUCUAUAAUUUUGUUAAUCAUUUUUAAAUAUUCAUGUAAAUUUGUAGCUGUGUUGUUUCUCGUUUUGGUUUUUACGUUGACUAUUGAUAAUCAUUAAUAUUUAAUUAAAUUUAAGUUUUUUAAACGAUAUUUAGAAAAUAAGAGCUUGCGACUUUAGGACAUUAAAAAAAUUAAAAAAACAAAACAAAAAAAAAAUAAAUUAAGAAAAACAACACAGUUACUAUAAUAGGUGUUCAAUAUGUCACAGUUCAUUUCAAUACUGUACAAUUGGUAAAUGAUUAAGUAUGUCAGGUUGUCUUGUGAAGAGUUUCUUUAUGAAUGAAUGUUGAAAUAAAAAAAUGAAUCUUUUCAUAAAAUUUAA